AAAAAAAAAAAAAAAUGAACAAUAAAGGAAACAAAGAAACGAAUCUCUCUGUGUCUCUCUUUCCGUCUCUGUGCCAAAAAGCAAAAUAUGAUUAGAAGUUAUAACUCUUAACAUUACGGGAUAUUUAAGAAGCUGGUCGAGUUUGGUUUUUGAAGACUUUGAUUUAAUGGGGUCUGUAUUGAGCCUAAACAAUUCGAGAAUCGAGCAGCAUGAGUUUUCACAAAGUGACUUUUGCAAGAGGCAAAGGUUGUCAUUGGACUUUUGUGAGGAGAAUUCAAGAUUGAUUCCUAGUCUUCCUGAUGAGAUAUCUUUUCAGAUUCUUGCUAGGCUUCCUAGGAUUAAUUAUUUGAAGCUUAAGUUGGUGUCUCAGGCCUGGAAGGCUGCCAUUCUAAGCUCUGAACUUUUCAAAUUGAGAAAAGAACUUGGAAAAACAGAGGAAUGGUUGUAUAUAUUAACAAAGGUUCAAAAUGAUAAGCUACUAUGGUAUGCUUUGGACCCUCUUUCCCGAAGAUGGCAGAGGCUGCCCCGAAUGCCAAAUUUUGCUUUUGAAGAUGAAUCUAAAAAGGGUUUGAAUGCCCUUCGGAUGUGGAAUAUGGUAGGCUCAAGUAUCAAAAUUGCUGAUGCCAUAAGAGGUUGGCUUGGGAGGAAGGAUGCAUUUGAUAGAAUGCGUCUUUGUGGUUGUGCUAUUGGGGCUGUUGAUGGCUGCCUCUAUGUGCUAGGGGGAUUCUCCAGAGCUUCAACCAUGAAAUGUGUCUGGCGGUAUGAUCCAAUUUUAAAUGUUUGGAGUGAAGCAACUCCUAUGUCAAUUGGUAGAGCUUAUUGUAAGACAGGCAUCUUGAACAAUAAGCUUUAUGUUGUUGGGGGGGUUUCUAGGAGUCAAGGUAGAUUGACCCCACUUCAGUCUGCAGAAUUUUUCGAUCCAAUUACAGGUGUAUGGUCUCAAAUACCAAGCAUGCCUUUUACAAAAGCUCAGGUGCUACCAACUGCCUUCCUGGCUGAUCUGCUCAAGCCUAUUGCCACUGGUAUAACAUCAUAUAGGGGAAGAUUAUUUGUGCCUCAGAGUUUAUAUUGCUGGCCAUUUUUUGUUGAUGUGGGGGGGGAAGUUUAUGAUCCGGAGAUGAAUUCAUGGGUUGAAAUGCCAAUUGGAAUGGGAGAGGGCUGGCCUGCAAGGCAAGCAGGAACAAAAUUGAGUGUGACUGUCGAUGGUGAGCUAUAUGCACUGGAUCCAGCUAGUUCUCUUGAUAGUGCCAUGAUCAAGGUAUAUGAUUACCAAGACGAUGCUUGGAAAGUUGUUGCAGGAGAUGUUCCCAUCCGUAACUUCACUGCUUCAGAGUCUCCCUAUCUACUAGCCAGUUUACUUAGGAAGCUUCAUGUGGUCACUAAAGAUGCCAAUCACAAUAUUGCUGUCCUGGAGGCUGAUAUACAGAAUCAUUUAGCUUCCUUCCCACCAGCUCCAUUGCCAUUGGAUGAUGCCAUUCAUGAACAUGCUGAAGCUGCUGCAGAAUCGGAAACAGAUCUUUGGAAGGUAAUUGGCACUUGCAGUGUUGGGUCAGCUGAACUGGUUAGCUGUCAAACCCUUUGUAUUUGAUGAUCUAGGCAGCAAAGUUGCACUUCAUAAAAUGCCUUCAGGUCUAUCUUGGUUAAUUAUGCUUAACAAAAUUGGAAUUGUGUUAAUAAGAUAUAUGCGUGAUAAAGUUGUCUUCCUUGCCUUCGUUUUUGUUAGAAUCCUCUUUCUUCUUUUUCUUUUUUGGAAAUUUCUUCCCCUUGUACUGGGUUGGGUUAAUGGCCUAGUUGAUGCCAUGUUAUGUCCAUACUAUCUUAGUGCCAAGUUAUGUAGGCAUUGCUAGGUAUUAAUUAUGUUGCAACAGCCAAGAGCCCCUUAGCUCAAUUGGCACUUUCCAGUGUUUUCAAUAAAGAUUAUUUAGGGUUUAAAUUUUC